GAAGUACUCCCUAUGCUCUCAUAGGUUCCUCAGAGACCUAGCCAGGUCGGUCCAAACACAGUUGAACUGUUCUCUGUUUUUUUUUCUUUGGCACACACAUACAAGUUCAAAUCCUAAGCUACACCUGCUCAGUCUGUUUUUCCACUAUACAGAUACAUUGUUUAACCUAAUUCCGACUAAAACUACACACAUCAUCAGAUUAUAAUUUUGAUUCUAAUCAAUUUUAUACAGUUAAGGUUUCAGAGUGGAAUUAUUUUAUCAUUAUCGUUCAACCAUAUACAUUAUUUUAUCAAAAGGCAGGUUUUGUUAAAUAUUUACCAGUUAUGUAGAACCUAAUAGUUCCCACACCCACCCAUCCGUAACCUAGAACUCCUUUAGUCUAGACAUACCCAUGACCGUACAUUGCUUUGAGUUUAGGGUUUUGGUAACAGUUGGAUAUUCCUUUUAUGAUCAUCUCUAUCAUGUCCAUCAAUGCCAUGUUCAUGCUCCCAUGUGUAUUGAAGGGUUUUAUGUAGCUGUGUGUGAUCUUUUAGUUCAGCAUAGACCUCUUGUACCAGAUUUCAGAAUUGUCUAGUCUCUGUGCCUGUCAGACUUCCAACCCAGAACUGGUCCAAACUGGUCCAAACUGGUCCGUACCCGCAGCAGCAGAUAGAUUUGACAGGUGUGGCUCUACGAGUUUUACAACAUCAAAGCAAAUGUAAAAACACUAAACCAUGAUUAAUUAUUAAAUAACAUUCACCUUUUUAAUGCUUUGUCUUCAUGUGUUUAGUAUAAUGGCACUUGGCAUGAAUUGUUUUCUAGUUUUUAAUUUGUAGGCUUGUUAAAGUAGUGCACACAUACCAGGCAGUCAGACUACCAGCAGUUGAUCAACACUGUCCAAUGGCCUUAGGCCCUGUGCACAUCCAAACACGACCAGGAACUGGAUUGAAUGAGCAGUUCAGAGAACAAAAUGGACCCGUACACGGUUGGCUGCUCCCGAAGUGGAGUGUUAAUCAGUCAUCACACACCAGCCUGUAGUAGGGUCUUUAUCAACAAACCUCCAGGUUUAUAUCCUCACGACACAGACGAGGGGCAUGACACGGCUGCUGGACUAGUCCCAUGUGUUAGACUCCCCCCAGAUGGUCACGUGCCCCCCCCCAUGGCAGAAUGAUGUCAAGGUAUGUCAUCCUGAGCCCUGAGGUGAAUGGAAGGUAAGUCCAGUAGACGGUAAACAAUGUUUUAAUUAUUUUUUAUAAAGACUGAAUUUUCCCAGAAUGUUAUUACUUAUUCACACAUGAAUUGAUAUCUGUAAUGGCUAUUCUGUGAAGGUUGUAACAAUAACACGAUCACCCACAUCUAACAUGGCUACUCUGUGAAGGUUGUAACAAUAACACUAUCACCCACAUCUAACAUGGCUACUCUGUGAAGGUUGUGACUGAUUUUAGUAUGGCAUCUGCUGAUCUGCUCCAUCUUUUGUAUAUACAAUAUUUUUGUAAAUACUAUUCUGAAAAGCUGUGUGUUUCUGCAGUUAUACAGGCAGCCUUUUUGUCUUUCUUGCAUGACUGACAUGACUUGCUUCUCUUUUUAGAUGCUGUGUCUGACAUCACGUCUGCCUCCAUGAAGCUCCUGGCCAGCUCUGAGAUCGCUGCUGCCUCGGUAGCUGAGAGGAGGCUCAUGCACGCCGUCCAACACCUAGAAGACCGGACUGAAGAAUCCUCACUCGCUCCCGCCGAGGACAUUCUAGAUUCCCUGGAGGUUCCUGAAGCUAAGGUAAAGGAGGAAGUAUUAUCUGUGGAGGGGGAAGUGGCAGAAGCACCAGCUGCAGAAGUCUUGGAAACUGAAGAGCCCAAACCAGAAGAGGAGGCUGUUGUAGCUGCCCCUAAUGUCACAGAGGAAGUGGUUGCUGAGGAGACCCCUGAGCCAGAGGAAGUGGUUGCGGAGGAGACCCCUGAGCCAGAGGAAGUAGUUCCGGUCGCCAUAGAGGAAGCUCCAGCUGCUGUUGCAGAGGAGGAGACGGCUGCGGCUCCCCUAGAGGCCACAGAGCUCCCUGCCACUGUGGAAGCACCUGAGGCUGAGGCUUCUGCCGCUGUGGAAGCACCUGAGGCUGAGGCUUCUGCCGCUGUGGAAGCACCUGAGGCUGAGGCUUCUGCCGCUGUGGAAGCACCUGAGGCUGAGGCUUCUGCCGAGGAGGGACCAAUAGUAGAGGAAUUUUCCCCAGAAGAGGCUGCCCCAGUCGAAGAGGCUGCCCCAGUCGAAGAGGCUGCCCCAGUCGAAGAGGCUGCCCCAGUCGAAGAGGCUGCCCCAGUCGAAGAGGCUGCCCCAGUCGAAGAGGCUGCCCCAGUCGAAGAGGCUGCCCCAGUCGAAGAGGCAGCACCAGUCGAAGAGGCAGCACCAGUUGAGGCAGAGUUACCUGCAGCCGAAGAGGUAGCAGUAGUAGUAAAGGAAGCCCCAGUAGUAGAGGAAGCCCCAGUAGUAGAGGAAGCCCCAGUAGUAGAGGAAGCCCCAGUAGUAGAGGAAGCCCCAGUAGUAGAGGAAGCCCCAGUAGUAGAGGAAGCCCCAGAAAUGGAGGAACCAGCAGCGGCAAAGGAGGCUGUGGAGACAGCCCAAGUGUCUGAGGAUGAGGCGCUCGUCGUGGAGGCGGCGAUGCUGGCAGCAGCCUCAGCCCUGGAUGUCGAGGCAGUGGAGGCAGAGGCAGCCCCGGCUGAGGAAGUCAAGGAGGCCCUCUUCACUUCAUGCCACCAAUGUGAAGCCCCAGCUUCUGAGGCUGAUGUGGCAGUCACCCCCAUGGAGGUUGUAGAGGCUGCAUCUGUGGGGGAAUUAGAGGCUCCCCCUGCUGGUGUGGAGGAGGCAGUCGUCGAGGGUGAGGCAGUGGAGGUGACCGCAGAGGAGCGCGCCACCGAUUGGCCUGCUGAGGUGACCGCAGAGGAGCGUGCCACCGAUUGGCCUGCUGAGGUGACCGCAGAGGCAGUGGAGGAAGCCAAGGUGGAAGGAGAGACUGCCAGGCCAGUAAAGAGGUCCUGCUCAGUGAUGUGAUAGUACAGAAGGUGCACAGAGUAUGAGCCUGAUGUUGCUGACAGCCCAGUUCUGACUGGAGACCAGCGAGAUGUGCCUUCUGGAACAGUCAACACCCACAGCUGUCAAUCAAACAGGACGAUCAACAUAAAACACACACAGAAUUAGAACUGGUUUGAAUUGAAUUCUAAAAUUCUAUUUAACUCAUUAUAUAUUUAAAUGUUGUCUAAUGACAACCGUUGUCAACCCGGUAACUACAUUCCCGGUUCUCACUCAGUUUCCUGGUCUUGUAUUAUCCCCUACCCAUGGUGAGGUGACACUUCUAUAAGGGUUUGAAGUCUGACUUUAUUCCUAGGUUCAGACCCAAAUGACACCUUAUACCCUAUAUAGUGCACUACUUUUGACCAGGGCCCGGGAGAAUAGGGUGCCAUUUGUGAUGGGAUAUCAGCUGUUUCUCAGUACCACCCUGUUCCCCACGGUGUCCCUGUUACCAAGCUGACGAAGACCACUUGAACGUAUUCGAAGUUACUUGAUAAAUGAUUGUGGACUUGACAUUGCCUAAUGAAAUCUGACUAAUUUUUUUUGGUUGAUUCAAUGAAAUAAGAUCUGAAUUGUUGUAUUAAACAGUAGGCCAUUAGACAACAUCUAGAUGAUUGUGUUCUUCAAAGACUGUUGAGUUAGUUAUGCAUGGAGUUUUUUUUAUUCAAUCAAGGAACAUCUAGAUUAAGUUGAGUUCUCAAGCCAGUAGACUGUUGGUAGACAGUGUUGUACCCAUGUGAUGUAAAAGUCCAAUAAAAAUGUAUGUAAUAGCUUUGCAGGUGGGGUUGGUUGGUGGGGUGGUUGUAGGGCUGGUUGGUG